ACAAUGCUGCAAAAAAUAGAGUAGAUGGCACUCGUCUCUAAAUUUGUGAUUUUGUUUCCGUAUGUCGCACUUCAUCUUCUAGAAGUACUCCUAUUUCACCUUGAGCUAUUCUCUAUCCUCCAUUUUUGGGCAGAUUACCAUGGGCUGCCAUGUGAUUGGUCUUGGAAGGUGUUGCCCAAAUGAGCCAAUACUGUGCUUUUCCCGAAGUUCAAUUAAAUCAAAUCUGAACAUUUAUAAUGUUCCCUGUAAUGUGGCAUCAAAUCCCGCAGGAGCUGGUUUUCACAAGUUUCCUCGUGUUUAUCAAGCUUCAAUCAAUAAGUAUUCUUCCUUGCAAUGCCGGACUUAUGCUACACCUGUUGGCCUGGAAGAGCAAUUGCCAUCAGGAUCAUCAGAAUUCCAGGAUGAUGAACCUGGUUCUGCAGAUCCAGAAGAAGAGCUUCCUGCACGGCCGCCUAGCAGUGAUGAGUUGAAAUCAUUGCUUGCAGAUACUCAGAGAUCAAAACUGGCUAGAAAGUUGAGUGAAGCCAAUCAACACAACCGCUUUCUGAAAAGACAGUUGCAAGGGAGAGAAGAUGCCUUGGUUAAUUAUAAGAGUGAACUUGCAGUUCUGGAACACGAAGUUAAGGCACUUGUUGCACUGGCUGAUGAAAUAGCAAAAGCUGGCAUUCCAGAAGGUUCAAGGAAGAUCAAUGGAAAAUACAUCCAUUCCCAUCUUGUUUCUCGGCUAGAAGCUGUGCAGCAAAAAUUGGAGAACCAGAUAAAGGAUGUGGCCGCUGCACAGGCUAAAGAGGUACCUGUAUUUUGGAUUGGCAUGGCUGAGAGUGUGCAAGUCAUGGGUAGCUUUGAUGGAUGGAGUCAAGGAGAACACCUAUCUCCAGAGUACACAGGCUCAUAUACAAAGUUCUCGGCCACACUAUUCCUCCGACCUGGACGGUAUGAGAUCAAGUUCCUAGUCGAUGGGGAAUGGCGAAUAUCUCCAGAAUUCCCUAGUGUUGGUGAAGGGAUAAUAGAAAAUAAUCUGUUAGUUGUAGAGUAAUUUGAAUGGUUGGUAUUAGCUUAACAUUUUAUACUUGUAGUUGUCAAAUAACAAGGUUUUGCCAGCCAGUUCUAUAGAGGGUUAAUCUCAAACCCGCGAAAAAGCCUCUCGGAGAUUGGAGUUAUGUCGUGUGCUGUACGUUCUUCUAAGAGACUAUACGAGUGACAUCACUUGAUUAUGCAUAUUAAGCGAAAACUUGUAUUAUGGAUCCACUCUUUAGAGACGUUUGUAGAACGUUGACAUAUAUAUAUAUAUAUAGAGAGAGAGCUAUGUUUACGUA